CACAAAGGGCGCUGCAUUAGCGCUUCCAAUACGUCACAAUAUUCGUCGCACUACACUUUCCCUCCUUGUUAUUGACUCCAAGAACGCCUCAAGAAACACAGCUAGCAUAUGGGCCAAGAUGUCCGCAGAGGACUUCCAAAACUUCAUUCAGCCGACCCACCACGAUACAUACCCGUUUAUAGCGCGCGCUGACCAUCGUGGGCGAACGGUCUUCAUUACAGGUGCAUCCCGGGGAAUUGGUAGAGCAACAGCUCUUGCAUUUGCGCGGUCCGGGGCCGGGACUCUGAUAUUGGCGGCUAGAUCUAGUCUUGAUGACCUAACGACUGAAAUCGCCGCGUUGGAUCAUGCACCGAAAGUCGUUUCCCUUGUUUUAGAUGUUACGUCUCAAGACUCAGUAGACGCCGCUCUCGUGACUGCCAGUCAACAUGUAUCAUCUAUUGAUAUUCUAAUCAACAACGCUGGUCAUUUGGAGGAGUUGCAUCCGGUCAAUGAGUCGGAUAAGCAGGAGUGGUGGCGCACAUGGGAGGUCAACAUCAGAGGCACAUAUCUUGUGGUGCAUACUUUCAUGGACCUACUACUGGCCAGUCACUGCAAGACUGUUAUAAACGUGAGCUCCAAAGGGGGUCUCUACACAAGGCAUGGAGCAUCAGCGUACGGAAGCUCCAAAGCUGCUCUGCUACGGUUUACGCAGUUCCUGGACUUUGAAUACAAGGAGCGCGGGCUUUUGGCACUCGCCAUUCAUCCUGGCAGUGUCGCAACGGAUUUAGCACUACGAUUGCCUCAGACGGGCCAUGCUAAGCUAAUUGACAAGCCGGAGCUAGCUGCUGAUACUUUGGCUUGGCUAACCGAAGAGCGCAUCGCUUGGCUCAGUGGGCGGUAUGUCAGUGUUAAUUGGGAUAUGGAACAGCUGAUGUUACUGAAAAGCGAUAUUAUAAAUGGUGAUAAGCUGAAGCUAACAUUAAAGGUGUAAUGUUCUCGAUUGAAUUAGAUAGCUACAAGGCCAAAUAGAUAUGAGUAGCGUCAUGAAAUGGUAUACCAAACUACGGAAAACAAUAGAAUAGUUCCAUCUCUAC